AUGGAUAAUCCUAAAGGCUGGAAAGUGCUUAGCACUGUGGCCAGGACAAGUAAAUGUGCUAUUCUCAACGUCGUUAUAAAUGAUGAGAAAUUUGUCGUGAAGCAAUAUUUCAAAAAACCAUUGAAAAGAGAGUGCUUGAAAAGACAAAAACAAUGGGGGAGAUUGAUAUCUGAAUAUGAUAUAAUUAAAGAAGAAUAUGAUUUAAUGAAAGAAUUGGAGCAUGAAAGAAUAAUUGGAGUAGAUUCCAUAGUGGAUUUUGGUAUAAAUGUUUAUUUGGUUUUAGAAUUUGGUGGUGAUGAGCUUGCUCCAGAUAAUCUUGAAGACCAGACAAAAUAUGAUUUGGAAGAUGUCAUGAUUUGGGUAAACCAAAUAACUGAAGGUUUAGAAUUUAUUCAUAAUAAGAAAGUGGUUCAUGGUGAUUUAAAACCUUCCAAUUUACUACGUUCUCAGGAUAAUAACAUCAAGAUUUGUGAUUUUGGUUCCUCGGUUCGUGAAUAUAACGAUAAUGAUACAUUAAGUAAGAUCCCAAAGGGAACGCCAGCAUAUAACUCACCAGAAUUUUGUGAGGCUAGUUCAGGUGCAUCAAGCUGUUCAUUAAUUCAUGGGAAACCACUAGAUAUGUGGGCUUUAGGUGCCACUAUUUACCGUUUAUUAUAUGGGAAAGUUCCAUUUUAUUGUGAAGGAACAAUUUUCCAGCUUUAUGAUUCGAUUAUGAAUGAUGAUAUUAUUAUACCAGAUGAAGUUUUAACUAAAAGUGGGUUUAUUACAGUUCUACCUACUCAACUAAGGGAUAUUUUGGAAGGUUUAUUAGAAAGGGAUCCAGUGAAAAGAUUAACAAUUGGACAGGUUAGAGACAAGUUACAAAAAAUUGUGUUAUAA